GGGAUAUAGGCCUAUAAAACGCAUUGUGCCCAUUUUGAAGAAAAAAAAAUUAAGGUACAAUUCAAAAGCGCUCGAACGAGAUUGAUUAGAUGACCUUUAACCCUUACCAGGAAGUGCGGCACCAUACAUUAGUUUUGUAUUCGAUUAAAAGCAAUAGUAUAGAGUUUGUCAUUGCUGCACGAGUUCAGCACAACUAUCUGAACUACAAAACCGUGCAAUUAACAGACUUAUAGUGAUCUGCAUAGAGGCAAAAAUGAAGUCACAAAUUCUUAGCCACUGUGAUUCACGUCUCAUUGUUUUGCUCAUGUUUCUUGAAGGAGUUACUGCACAGCCAGUUAUUUCUGGAGAUACAUGGGCAGAUAUUGGCUUGGACACCAGUUUGUCAUGCUCACCAGGAGAUGCAAUAUUACUACUGAGAUGGGGAGAUGGCAGCUUGAACAAUGAUAAUAUUUCAAGCAUGUCUACUAUAGUGAGAGUGGUGAUACCAACUGGGGAUCUCAUAAAUAGAGAUGAGACGCAUUAUGGAUUUGAUCCAAAUGAUCCUUUGUAUCCAUUAACAAUAAAACAAGUGACAUUGGAUGAUGAGGCUAAGUACUGGUGUGAGGUGUUCGUUGGUGGUGUUUACAGAGAUGACACAAAGGAAAUGCGAAUAAGAGUUCCGCCUGCUACCAUUUCUUUAACCUAUAAGAAUACCAUCUACGCCGACCAAGCUGAUGUUGAAGUGAUAGCAGGAGAUGGUCAUCAGUUUAGUUGUGAGACGCUCGGCAUCAAACCUAAUGCAGACUUCACCUGGACUCUUCAGGGUACACCACUUUACCAAGGACUUCCUGGGACUGCCACUCCUAAUAGUGGAGAUAGCAGAUUGAGUGACAGCUUGAGUGCAGUAUCUGUGAAUGUUCCAGAGAGUCCGGCAGUGCAGCAACUGACAUGUGGUGCUACUAACAGACAAGAUGGGAAUACAGAUACUGAGAAGGAUACUUCAGUAACUAUACAAGUCAAAGUUCCUCCAAUAUCAUCCAAAAUGACUCUCCAAGGAACCAACUCAGACGGUACAUUAUCUGUAGAUGAAGGUUUGAUGAGCACAAUCACAUGCGUUGUUAUGGGUACCAGACCAUCUGCAGAUAUCAAGUGGUUUCUCAACGGUGUAAUGCAGUCUGGUGGUACAGUAUCCCCACCUUCAGCAGACUCUGAUGAACUAUAUGAUACCACAGGAUCUUGGUGGAUUACUCCAACUAGGAACAACCAUAAAGAUGAGAUGAUGUGUCAGGCAAGCACUCCACAAUCACACGGAGAUCUACCAAAGGUGACAGCAGUACUCAAUGUGAAUGGUCCUCCAGACACUCCGAGCAUAACCGGCAAUACACAAAUGACUGAGAAUGUACAAACUAGUCUGAUGUGUGAAGCAGACAUGGGGUUUCCAGACGAUUGGAGUUUACAUUGGUUCAGAGAAGAUACAGCAAUAACACCUAACCCUACCACAACGCCUUCAUCCUCAGGAACUCGCUUCAUGUUCACCAGCACUCUGGACUUCACACCAAUCAGAGAAUAUAAUGGACAUACCAUCAAGUGUGGUGCACAAAAGAAUUCAAUGAGUGGUUCAACGGCAAAGCUAGGUCCGAUAGAUGUUCAAUGUGAGUUAAGCAUUUUGUCUGUUGACCCCUAUUGA